AUGGAAGAAGUGAUGUAUCGAGCAACAUAUUUUGAAAGUUUGAUCACGUACCUGUUUGCUUGCAUGCUCAAGGAACUCAGAUCGUUCGUUGACGGCCAUCACGAGUACGAGAUGACGUGCGCUCCAUCUGAGCACUGUGAUGGUGGAUCCGGAUUGUCUAUCGCAUUUGGGAGACGAGAGUUAGAGUCACGUGAUUUAUCGGUCUCGUGCUGUACAACCGACAACUGCAAUUAUCCCGCCGGUGCGGCAACACCUCCAACUGUAUCAGCAGGUACAGUGACCGGCUGCCCCAAGGACAUCGUGUUCCUGGUAGACGAAGGUUCCCGUGACCUACAUUCACAUCACAACGACAUCCUGCUGGGGAUUGCCACUGUUGUCAGCUCCAUACCGGUCGGCGCGAGCCAGAACCAUGUAGCUUUGGUUGCGUACAGUAACCAGGUGAGCCCCAAGUUUGACCUGGACGAUCACACCAACCAGGCCAGCCUGCUGCAGAGUCUUAAGAGCAGCGACAUCCUCGUUGGUAAAAAUAUGGGGUCCGACGCAACCAUGGCCAUUGAGUACCUUGUGCACAACACGUUUACCCCAUCUCGAGGCGACCGCUCACAGUUUAUUAACACCGUUGUUAUCAUUACCGAUUCCGACAGCGCGCCACUUUCCAGGAUCAUGUUCUUGGACCACGCCGUGUUGGCAAGCAAGAGCAGAGACGUUCUGGUGGUGAGCGUGGGACCUUCAAUGGGGUCAAACGCCAUCGAGGAGCUCGGGGAUUCCGUCGUGCACAUCAAUAACUCCCCCAACCUCUCAUCGGACCUGGCCGCUCAAAUCCUCGCCUUCUUGAAACAUUGCUGAUUUUGUGUUAGCAAAUAAAAUGCAAUGUUGA